AUGGUGUCGGGGACGAUAAUCCACAACGUUGGCUUCUUCUCGGCGUCGCGGGCACAGAUCCAGGACGCGGAGCGCAACCGCAGGAAACGAUGCGCCGCCUCAGCUGCCGCGAAGCGACGGGGGGAAAACGUGAAGGUGGAGAAGUUCCGCCCCAUCGACAUGCUUCAUGAAGACGAGCAUGGACAGUACUGGUCCUACCACCUCUUCGAGUACGGCAAGAACAAGGAGGGAUACUGGGCCGGGCUCAGGAUGCUGGACCACGUGUCAGACGUGCUCGACAUCUUCACAGUUCUCUACCCUGAGCACAAGCCUGUAGGCCUGUUCGACUGGUCGUCCUGUCAUGACUGCAUGGAGGUCGGCGCACCGUCGGUGAAGAGAAUGAACUUGGGUGUCGGUGGUGUGAGGAACGGAGAAGAGCUUGCGCCGAUGGACCCCGUGACCAUCCUCGAAGAUACCCCGAACCUCCCAGCCGGCACGGUACAGCACUUGGUGUUUCNGUUCGACUGGUCGUCCUGUCAUGACUGCAUGGAGGUCGGCGCACCGUCGGUGAAGAGAAUGAACUUGGGUGUCGGUGGUGUGAGGAACGGAGAAGAGCUUGCGCCGAUGGACCCCAUGACCAUUCCCGAAGAUACCCCGAACCUCCCAGCCGGCACGGUACAGCACUUGGUGUUUCGGAGGGGGGACGAUCCCCCCUUCCACUCCCCGCAUCUCAAGCCGGCGCAAUAUGUCGGAAAGUUGAAAGAAAUGCGGCAGAUUGUGUGGGAGAGGGGGCUCCUGGUCAAAGGCAUGAGUAAGACGGGGGGCUCGGGCGAAAAGCAGGACCUCNCAGAGAAGGAUAGACAGGCUGUUUCGGUAGUCCAGGGCUACUGCAAGAAGGCGUACACACACGCCCUCAUGUACCGCGAGAAGCGUGUGCAAGGGCCUGAGGGCAAGAAGACGUACAAGAAGUACAAGUCGCACAGGCGCCCGACCCCGAAGGAAUGGAGGCCGUAG